AUGACAUACGCCGCAAGCGUCUGGUCGGAAGCCGUUGAACUGGAAAUGAACAAAAAACAACUGUUCUCGCUGCAAAGAGGUUUCGCGCAGAAAAUAUGCAAAGCAUACCGAACAGUGUCGCUCACAUCUGCACUGGCACUAUCGGGAUUGCUGCCUCUCGAUCUCAGAAUACAGGAGGCAGCAAAUCUGUACAAAUCCAAAAAACUUUUGUCAACCGACUACCUCCCGCCAGGCAAAGAGCUCGAACGGAAAGUAGGGUACCUGGACUUACCACAUCCGUCCACACUUACCUCUACCAACUACGAGUUCUUUGAAAACACCAACCCGUUGCAUACCGGUUCCCAAAUCUUCACGGAUGGAAGCAAGAUAGAGGGAAAAGUCGGCGCCGCCCUAAGUUGGUGGGAGGAUGGAAAAGAAAAACUGUCCGAGACUUUUGGUCUCCACCCGUCGUGCACGGUCUUCCAAUCGGAACUUUAUGCCCUUCACAGGGCAACAAGACUGGUGAGCUCUAGUACGGAUAACAAAGUGAACAUCUUGAGCGACUCGAGAUCAUCACUCGAUCUGCUCCGAAAUCCGAAACUGAGCCACCCCCUGGCAAGAAGCAUAAAGGAAAACAUUGCGAGGGUCGUGUGCGAGGGCAGGGAGAUAAAAAUGUUCUGGCUGAGGGCACACAUUGGAACUGCCGGGAACGAAAGAGCCGAUGAGCUCGCCAAAACGGCAGCUCUACAAAGCACCUCCCACGACUAUGACAAAGUCCCCCUGUCCUAUGUCAGGAAAAAGAUCAGAGAGGAAUCGCACCACCACAAGCAACUCCUAAAGAAACAGCAACACAUCAGCUGUUGGAUUGUGGAGAAAAAGGAGAAGCUAGACUAA